ACACACACACACACACACACACACACUCACACGCCCAUUGGCAGACAGGGCCACACCUCACGGCUCUGGGGAAGGCCACAGACCUUAGCUGUACGAGCGGAGCCUGGACUAGAGGAACUUUCCGCAAGACUCAGGGCACAGAGCCCCACGGCCACUACUGCCUGCGAGCCGGAGGCGGAGGGGAGCGCCGGCGGCUGCAGGUACGCUGCGCACCCAAAUUAGGGCCUGGGCUGUGCAGCGUCGGCGGGAGGGUCCUGGGAACUGCAGCCGCCAGGGCCAGUGUUUGAGCCGGCCGGCCCCGGCAAGCCGCAUCCCCCGGCCGCCCCUCGUAGCCUCCUUGCUCCCUGGCAGCCGCCGCCUCCCUCAGGCAGCCCAGCCGGGCGCUCGCGGCAGGACCUCUUUGCAGCCCGCCUCGGCCCGGAACAUGGCUGCGCGCCCUGCCGCCACCCUCGCCUGGUCGCUACUGCUCCUCUCCUCAGCCCUGCUCCUCGAAGGCUGCCGAGCGCGCUUCGCCGCCGAGCCGGACUCGGAGGACGACGGAGAGGAGCCGGUGGUUUUCCCGGAGUCGCCCCUGCAGAGUCCCACGGUGCUUGUGGCGGUCCUCGCCCGCAACGCAGCGCACACGCUGCCGCACUUCCUCGGCUGCCUGGAGCGGCUGGACUACCCCAAGAGCAGGAUGGCCAUCUGGGCAGCCACCGAUCACAAUGUGGAUAAUACAACAGAAAUACUCAGGGAGUGGUUGAAAAAUGUACAGAGACUCUAUCACUAUGUGGAGUGGAGGCCUAUGGAUGAACCGGAGUCUUACCCUGAUGAAAUUGGACCAAAGCACUGGCCAAGCUCCCGGUUUGCCCAUGUGAUGAAACUACGACAGGCAGCCCUUCGAACUGCGAGGGAAAAAUGGUCAGACUACAUUCUGUUCAUAGAUGUUGACAAUUUCCUGACUAAUCCACAGACCCUCAAUCUACUGAUUGCAGAAAACAAAACUAUUGUGGCCCCCAUGCUGGAGUCUCGGGGCCUGUAUUCUAAUUUCUGGUGCGGAAUCACCCCUAAGGGCUUCUAUAAGAGGACCCCAGACUACGUUCAGAUUAGAGAAUGGAAGAGGUCAGGCUGCUUCCCCGUCCCCAUGGUCCACUCCACCUUCCUAAUUGACCUCAGGAAGGAGUCCUCGGACAAGCUGACUUUCUACCCCCCACACCAGGACUACACCUGGACCUUUGAUGACAUCAUUGUCUUUGCCUUCUCCAGCAGGCAAGCAGGCAUCCAGAUGUACCUCUGCAACAGAGAGCACUAUGGCUACCUGCCCAUCCCCCUGAAGCCCCAUCAGACACUGCAGGAAGACAUCGAGAACCUCAUACAUGUGCAGAUUGAAGCAAUGAUUGACCGUCCUCCAAUGGAACCCUCCAAGUAUGUCUCACUUGUCCCUAAAUAUCCAGACAAGAUGGGAUUUGAUGAGAUUUUCAUGAUAAACCUCAAACGCAGAAAGGACAGGCGGGACCGGAUGCUGCGCACACUGUAUGAGCAGGAGAUUGAGGUCAAGAUUGUCGAGGCUGUGGAUGGAAAGGCACUCAACACAAGCCAGCUGAAGGCACUGAAUAUUGAAAUGCUGCCUGGCUAUCGAGAUCCCUAUUCCUCCAGGCCUCUAACGAGGGGUGAAAUCGGCUGCUUUCUCAGCCACUACUCAGUCUGGAAAGAGGUAAUUGAUCGAGAGCUAGAGAAGACUCUUGUAAUUGAAGACGAUGUGCGUUUUGAGCAUCAGUUUAAGAAGAAGCUGAUGAAGCUGAUGGAUGACAUUGACCAGGCUCAGCUGGACUGGGAACUAAUUUAUAUUGGUAGGAAGAGGAUGCAAGUAAAGGAGCCAGAGAAAGCCGUACCCAAUGUGGCAAACCUGGUCGAAGCCGACUAUUCCUACUGGACCCUGGGCUACGUCAUCUCUCUGGAAGGAGCACAGAAGCUGGUUGGAGCCAAUCCUUUUGGGAAGAUGCUGCCAGUGGAUGAGUUUCUGCCAAUCAUGUACAACAAGCAUCCUGUAGCUGAGUACAAGGAGUAUUAUGAAUCCAGGGACCUGAAAGCCUUCUCUGCAGAACCCUUGCUCAUCUACCCUACGCACUACACAGGCCAGCCGGGGUACCUGAGUGACACCGAGACCUCCACCAUCUGGGACAAUGAGACAGUAGCCACUGACUGGGAUAGGACACAUGCCUGGAAGUCCCGGAAGCAAAGUCGCAUCUACAGCAAUGCCAAGAAUACAGAGGCCCUGCCACCGCCAACCUCCCUGGACACUGUGCCUUCGAGGGAUGAGCUAUGAAGCCUCCCUGGGAGUGUGACCCACAUCAGUUCAACAUCCUUUGGUUUUUCUAAAGGGCUAUUCACCUGUUUGCUCCA